AUUUGGUUUGAAUUCGAACACAACUAUUUCAAAUCUGUUGUUUUCAAACGAAAUCGAAAUAAGAAAAUCAACUUGAGUUGAAAAUCAAACUUAUUAUUUCACUGCACUAAGGAGAGAAUGUGAGCAGAAGAAUGAACGCGAGUAAGAGAGCGGGAGCGGGGCUCCAAAGGUGACGUCGACACAAAAAUCAUUUCGCAAGCACUUAAAAAAUUGAGAAUGUAACCAAAAUGCAAUCGACGAUUCCCAAAACCGAUUGGCGAUAUGCGACAUUUUAGGGUGAAUGGAUAUAUUAAUGAAGAAGAAACCCAAACAUGAAUUUGGAACUGCUCGAAUCCUUUGGUCAAAAUUAUCCCGAGGAGUUUGAUGGCUCCCUGGAUUGCAUAUCACUAGCUGUUACAUGCGCCUUUAACAAAUACGGCACUUUACUGGCCGUGGGAUGUAAUGAUGGACGCAUUGUUAUUUGGGAUUUUUUGACGCGCGGCAUCGCUAAAAUAAUUUCCGCACAUGUGCAUCCUGUUUGCAGUCUGAGCUGGACUCGAAAUGGCCACAAGUUGCUGUCGGCUUCAACCGAUAACAAUGUAUGCAUCUGGGACGUUCUUACCGGGGAAUUGGAGCACAAGUAUCGUUUUCCCUCGCCGGUGCUGAAGGUGCAGUUCGAUCCACGAAACGACAGCCGGCUGCUGGUUUGCCCCAUGCGAUAUGCUGCUGUAUUAGUUAAAAUUGCCGGUUCGCAUCGCUGUCUUCCACUGGAUUCAGAUGGCGAUUUGAAUAUAGUUGCCUCGUUUGAUCGACGUGGUAAGCACAUAUACACGGGCAACGCCAAAGGAAAAAUCCUUGUGCUGGACGUGGAAACAUUUGAGGUCGUUGCCAGCUUUCGGAUUAUUGUUGGAACAUCAAGUGCGACGGCAGUCAAGAGCAUUGAAUUCGCGCGUCGAGGCGACGCCUUCCUCAUAAAUACUUCCGAUCGGGUUAUACGGGUUUACGAUUCAAAGGAGAUUAUUGCACUGGGCAAGGAUGGCGAACCGGAGCCCAUACAAAAACUACAGGAUCUGGUCAACAAAACCACUUGGAAAAAAUGUUGUUUCUCUGGCGACGGCGAAUACAUUUGUGCGGGCAGCGCUCGACAACAUGCUCUGUAUAUUUGGGAGAAAUCAAUUGGCAAUCUCGUCAAGAUUCUGCAUGGUACAAAAGGUGAACUGCUGCUGGACGUUGUAUGGCAUCCGGUUCGUCCAAUUAUAGCUAGUAUUAGUUCAGGCUUAGUUUCGAUUUGGGCACAGAAUCAGGUAGAGAACUGGUCUGCAUUUGCGCCCGAUUUUAAGGAACUUGACGAAAACGUUGAGUACGAGGAAAGAGAAUCGGAGUUCGAUAUUGCUGAUGAGGAUAAGUCGGUGGACUUGAAUGCCGAUGCUCAACAGGAUGAGGAGAUCGAAGUUGAUGUACAAAAAGUGGAACCAGUUGCGGCGUUUUGCUCCUCUGACGAGGAGGGCGAAGACGAGAAUGCUUUACAGUUCCUUCCCAUGGCUCCCGAGGUAGAAGACCCAGAGGAUGGCUGGACAUCGCAAGACAACCUGGAGCCAAGCUCAGCGCUAGUUGGCAACGAUUCGCGCGACUACGAAGAGGACAUCAUGGCUACCAAGCGCAGACGAAUGCAGCACUAUGACGUCAGCCUGCCCGAUGCGCCCACCGACGAAACUCACCCGCUUAUAUCGAGCAAAGCCAGCAAGGAUAAACAGCAACCGAUUGGUGGCAAAAAAGCUGCAGGCCGCGCGAAAAAAUAACCGGCCGCAGCAUU